CUUGUUUUCUCCAAUACCUUUAUAAAAGAGUCGACCCGUAAUCUACAGUAAAACAAACCGAGUGAGAUACGAAUCUGUAGAAACACAACGACCCGCGUAUCUCAUAAUUAUCAUUUAAAAAUGGCUACAGUGAAGCUUGCAUCAGGUCAUAGUAUGCCACUUGUCGGCUUCGGCCUGUGGAAAGUUGACCAAAAUACUACGGCAGACACAGUCUACCACGCAAUCAAGACUGGAUACAGGCUGUUCGAUGGGGCCUACGAUUAUCAAAAUGAAAAGGAAGCCGGCCUCGGCAUCAAGAAAGCAGUUGAGGAUGGAAUCGUAAAGAGGGAAGACAUAUUUGUGACAACGAAGUUGUGGAACAAUUAUCACCGAAAAGAACACGUCAAACAGAUGGCAUACGCACAACGAGACGCCUGGGGAUUGGAUUACAUUGAUCUUUAUCUUAUUCAUUUCCCAGUCGCACUGAAGUAUAUUGAGCCUGAGACGCUGCGCUAUCCGGCUUGGUGGAUGGAUAAAGAUCGCAAGAUUGUUGAAACUGACAAAGUCCCCAUAUCGGAGACGUGGCAAGCUCUAGAAGAGCUUGUCGACGAGGGCGUGGCGCGCUCGAUUGGUGUCAGCAACUUCUCGACGCAAUUACUUUAUGAUGUGCUCUCAUAUUGUCGACACCCAAUCUCCAGCCUACAAAUUGAACACCAUCCAUACCUCGUACAGGACACGUUGGUCAAAAUGGCACAAGAAGAAGGAAUUGCCAUUACGGGAUACUCAACAUUUGGUCCACAGUCGUUUAUUGAACUUCCUCGGGCAUUCAGCAAGAGAGCUGAAGGUGUACCGAUGCUAUUCGACAACCCUGUCAUUCAAAGGAUCUCCGAGAAGCAUGGAAGGCCAGCCGGGCAAGUUCUCUUACGCUGGGCUACUCAAAGGGGCAUUGCCGUUAUUCCAAAAUCAAAUAACAAGGCACGUCUACAGCAGAAUUUGGAGGUGAAUGACUUUUCGAUGACAGAGGAGGAGCUGGCUGAAAUUUCAGAUCUUGACAAGGGCCUCAGAUUCAACGAUCCUGGCUUCUAUCUUGAGAAACCAAUACGUAUUUUUGACUGAGCAAUGCUCUUAGAGGCUUCAAACUUAGUAC